CAAAUAGCACUCUCUAUCUCUAGCCACACACAAAAUCCUUUUCUGUAUACUGGAGAUCCAUCAUCAUCCAUACCAAAACCAAUUCCUUACCCAGUAGUAGUAGCAGUAGCAGUAGCAGUAGCAGAGCAGCUGUAUCGCGUUCGCGUGCCUGCCCUGCCUUCUCCAAUCACCGUUCCCACAGGAAGAAUGGCGGCUGAAUCGCUCAUUAAAAUGUCUCCUUCACCGCUCUGCACCUUCACCACUUCUUCUAGGAGGCCUUUGCCGCUGCUUCCCCAUCAAUCCACGCGACGCCGCAACUCUAAUUCUUCUGCCCGACUUGUACCUCUUUCCUCUUCAUUUCUUGGGAGGUCACUGCUCACCUCCGCCGCCCCAAAGCUUCCUACUUUCUACCACAGACAGCGAAACGGGAAUUUCCAUGUCGUUGCUAUGGCUGCUGCUGAGGAAAAGAGAAAAGUUCCAUUGAAGGACUACCGCAAUAUUGGAAUUAUGGCACAUAUAGAUGCAGGGAAAACCACAACCACCGAGCGAGUCCUGUUCUACACUGGCAGAAACUACAAAAUCGGUGAGGUACAUGAGGGAACAGCCACAAUGGAUUGGAUGGAGCAAGAACAAGAACGUGGGAUCACUAUCACUUCUGCUGCAACCACUACUUAUUGGAACAAGCAUCGAAUUAACAUUAUUGAUACACCUGGGCAUGUAGACUUCACAUUGGAAGUCGAGCGGGCUCUAAGGGUUUUAGAUGGUGCCAUAUGCUUGUUUGAUAGUGUUGCUGGUGUGGAGCCUCAGUCAGAGACUGUUUGGAGACAGGCUGACAAAUAUGGUGUUCCACGGAUAUGUUUUGUCAAUAAAAUGGACCGACUUGGAGCAAAUUUCUUCCGGACGAGGGACAUGAUUGUGACAAACUUGGGUGCGAAGCCACUUGUGCUGCAAAUCCCAAUUGGUGCAGAGGACAGAUUUAAAGGGAUUAUUGAUCUUGUGAAAAUGCAAGCAGUAGUUUGGUCUGGAGAAGAGUUGGGUGCAAAGUUUACAUAUGAGGACAUUCCUGCUGAUCUUCAAGAUUUGGCUGGAGAGUACAGAGCCCAGUUGAUUGAAACUGUAGUCGAGUUGGAUGAUGCAGCUAUGGAGAGUUACCUUGAAGGAAUUGAACCAGACGAGUCCACUGUUAGGAGGCUAAUUAGACAAGGAACUAUUUCAAACUCUUUUGUUCCAGUUUUAUGUGGGUCGGCUUUCAAGAACAAAGGAGUUCAACCAUUGCUCGAUGCUGUUGUAGACUAUUUACCUUCCCCCAUUGACUUGCCAGCAAUGAAAGGAACUGAUCCUGAGGACCGGGAGGUGAUACUUGAAAGGAGUGCUGAUGACAAUGAACCGUUUGCAGGAUUAGCUUUCAAGAUCAUGAGCGAUCCAUUUGUCGGUUCUCUUACAUUUGUGCGGGUGUAUGCUGGGAAACUUGAAGCUGGAUCUUAUGCUCUCAAUGCAAAUAAAGGGAAGAAGGAGAGGAUUGGCAGACUUCUGGAAAUGCACGCUAACAGCAGAGAGGACAUUAAAGUAGCCUUAACUGGUGAUAUCAUAGCUCUUGCAGGUCUAAAGGAUACAAUUACAGGAGAAACAUUGUGUGAUCCGGAGAAACCUAUUGUUCUUGAGCGGAUGGAUUUCCCUGAUCCUGUCAUUAAGGUUGCAAUUGAACCGAAGACGAAAGCUGAUGUUGAUAAGAUGGCUGUUGGUUUAAUUAAGCUCGCUCAAGAAGAUCCAUCUUUCCACUUCUCACGUGAUGAGGAGACCAACCAAACAGUUAUUGAAGGCAUGGGAGAACUACACCUUGAGAUUAUAGUUGAUCGACUCAAAAGGGAAUUUAAGGUGGAAGCGAAUGUUGGGGCACCGCAGGUCAAUUAUCGGGAAAGCAUUUCCAAGGUGACAGAAGUGAAGUAUGUGCACAAGAAACAAUCGGGCGGUGCAGGUCAGUUUGCUGAUAUAACAGUGAGGUUUGAACCGAUGGAAGCAGGUAGUGGGUAUGAGUUCAAGAGUGAGAUUAAAGGGGGUGCGGUGCCCAAGGAGUACAUACCGGGUGUGAUGAAAGGGUUAGAAGAAAGCAUGAGCAAUGGAGUGCUGGCAGGCUACCCUGUGGUUGAUGUUCGUGCGGUGUUGGUCGAUGGCUCCUACCAUGACGUGGAUUCGAGCGUAUUGGCAUUCCAGCUGGCUGCCAGGGGAGCUUUCAGACAAGGGAUAAGGAAAGCUGGGCCGCAGCUGCUGGAACCGAUUAUGAAGGUUGAAGUAGUGACUCCUGAGGAGCAUCUGGGGGAUGUGAUUGGCGAUCUCAACUCAAGAAGAGGCCAGAUCAACAACUUUGGCGACAAACCUGGGGGCUUGAAGGUAGUGGAUGCGCUGGUGCCUCUGGCGGAGAUGUUUCAGUAUGUGAGCACGCUCCGAGGAAUGACAAAAGGACGAGCUUCCUACACGAUGCAGCUGGCCAAAUUUGAUGUCGUCCCCCUGCACAUUCAGAACCAGCUGGCUGCCAAAGAGGAGCCUGUGUCUGCUUGAUUUCAUUUGAUUUGAUGAUGGAUGGAUGAGCCUCCCUCUACACAAGCACACUUUAUUCCAUUUGGAGAGGAUUGAUUGAUUCUUUUUCGCCAAAGAUUACACACACACAAUCAGAGUGAGCGUAGUUGGAUACCUCUUAAAUUAUUUCUAUUGACGAGGAGGAUUGUGGAAGGAGUUUGAGUUACUGGCCAAUUAAAUGUUACUUACAGUCUGAAGAAGUAGUAAUACGGCUUCAAUGCAGCCAGACAAUCAAUCAUUUUUUAUUUUUAUACGACAUGAGAACAGUGAAUUGCUGUUUGCUUCA